AGACACUAGCAACCCAGCAGUCCACUGUAAGCAAAGCAACGGGAAAUGCAAAUGUGAUGCCUUGUUGGAGACUAAUUGCCGGUUUAUGGGCCGGUGAAAAUGCAGGCUCUGCCUUAUUUACAGCUUAGAGAGUCUGAAAAGCCUGUAUCUUCGGAAAAGAAGAAUUACAGAUUGAGCUUGCUUGAAGCUUCGCCUAGGACAGCUCAACAUACCGAUGGACAGUCAAGAAGUGGGAACUAUGUCAACAGAAAGGAAAGUUCCAGGGAGAGCAAUGCACUAUUUGAAGGGACCAGCAGCAUAUACUUUGGGGAUAUUGCACCAUUUCGUAGUCCUGUGCACUCGCCAUCUACAAGCAGAAUUUUAAAAAGACCACCAAGGAUUCAGAAUAACUCAUCUCUCCCCACAUGGGUGGAGCCCCUGGGUGUCUGGCUAACCAACAAACAGAAGUGCAACAACUAUGAGACAAUCACAAGAAAUGUUGAGCUGCUAAGACGCACUAGUGAUAUGUUCCUGGAUCCCUGUCCACACAUUCCCAGAUGCUCCCAUGAACGGACGUUGUCAGCUCUUCGGCGUCAACGGCAAAGGUUCAAAUUUGAAGAAGAGUGGAAGAAACAAGAGCGUCACAUGCGAAUCAUUGAGAGAGUUCAACAGAUCCGUGACAUUUGGGAACGAUGGACAAACAAAUCCAUUUCUGCUGGAGCAGAACAUGAGAGUAGAUUGAAUAACUUUAGAAAAAAUCGAGAUUGUUACACUGACCCUGACGACAUGAUUAGACAGAAAAGAGAAGAAAGGCUGCAACGGGAAAAAAUGAUACGCCUUGAACAAGAGAAAAAGAGACAAGAAAUUUUAGAGAAGAAACGGUUUAGACUUCCUAAAAUAAUCGUCACUCAGUACUUUGAUAUCUUUGAAACACGGGACGAGCCUCGGGCACAGAGCUCAAAAAACGAAUCUCCGGGUGUGUUGCCAAAUUUAGUAAACAUCCCGUGUGGAUCUGAAAGCGAAAAAAAGCGCGAAGAGAACGAUACUGAAUGUCAAGGAAGCAAAGGCGAUAGACUUGAGCUGCCCGACUUAGAGAACAUUACUCAAGAAGGAGGUUAUGUUGAGGAAUUAGCCCAAGCUGAUGAACAAUACGAGUCGCUCUUACCUGAACAUGAAAAUCAAGUAGAUGCCACAAGUAUAACUGAUGCGAAUGAUUCUAAUUCGCAAGAAAUAGAUCAUGGCGCUGACGUGGAAAACGUUGCAUUAGAAGACGGAAGUGAAAAGACCAUGGAAGUUGAUGUGUCGCAGUCGGAAGUAGCAGCUGAACCUGAAAGCGAACCAGUAUUGGAAGAUGUAAACACGAAGACUGAUGAACUCGAUAUUCUAAGAACAGAACAGGAAAACAUUCCAGGAACAGAAAAGGAGAACAUUCCAAAAACAGAACAGGAACCUUUGGACAUCAGCUCACCUGAGCAAAAUGAACAGUACAAUGCUGCCAACGAAAAUGGCGAGAGAAAACUCGAAGGAAAUGAAAGUGAAAGAAGAAUUGAAGAGAAAGAAAGUGAAGAAGAAUUUCAAAAGAAAGAAAGUGAAAUAAAGGUUGACGAGAAAAAAAGUGAGAUCGAACAAGAAAAAAAGGAAAUACAAAUUAACUUCCUCUCACCUCCUGCUGUCAUGGCAGAUGAAAAUUUUUCUGAUCAUGGGUCGAUUGGUGACGCAGACGAUACAGCUUUCUUGAUGGCCGCGUUUGUUCCAGUGGCAUUAGGCGUUGGCGAUGGGUUGAUACCCGACGAUGCCAUGCGAGCUUCGUCUGUGCUAGAUCGUUACCAUGUCCCUAGUCAGGCGCGGCUGAAUAACACCAAACAGGGGAAAAGUGGUGGAGCCUGGAAACCAAAACUCAAUGACAAGAAACAGUACUUAGAAGUGGACCUGGGAGCUUUAACGAAUGUUUCGCAGGUCGCCACGCAAGGUUAUGGUAUUUCCAGUGGAGGUAAGGUGCAGAAGAAAGACAAAUGCUGGGUGGAGUCGUACACGCUCUCCUUUAGUACAGAUGGCUCACAGUGGCAACAGUACACAGAAAAUGACGCUGUCAAGGUUUUUAAGGGAAACAGAAACAACAACUCGGUUGUUAUAAAUAGUAUUUCAAACCCAGUGCAAGCAAGAUUUGUGCGGUUCAUACCACAGACGUGGAAAAACAGCAUUGCUAUGAGAGUGGAGGUGUAUGGAGAAGUGACAGAACCUGACAUGUCGAGGAACACUCCGCCAGCGCCUUCACCCAUAGAGGAAGAACAACAAGAAGAAGACCAACGCACUCAUGAGGUGAUCUUAGAAGACCAAGAGGAACCACAAGUGGAAGAAUUUGUUUGUGGCGAUGAGAGCAAGGAAGUGGUUGACGAACAGAACGCCUGGGAGGAAGAGACAGAGUAUUCUGUAGUAGAAACUGCGUCACAGAUGGAAAGUAAAGUGGCCGUGGUAAACCCCAGUUCACCAUCGAUAAUCGAUGUUGUAGUUCAAGGGGAAAAGCACACGCCUAAAAGUAAACGAAAAUCUAAGAAGCCCAAACAAGAUAAACAAGAGGAGUCUGAGAAGAAGAAGAAAAAGAAAAGGAAAAGCAAGAAAGUUAAAGAGAAAAAGGUGAAAAAUCCAGUUGAAACCAGUCUCAUUCGGUUGGAUGAAGCCGAGGAGGAGGAGAGGGCCUCGUCUCCAGAAGAACAAGAGGAAGAAGAAGAAGAGGAGGAGGAAGAGAGAGAAGUAAACACACCCUCCCUCCCUGAAAUCCCUAAAAGACCAGAGAGUGUUACGCAGAUACCACCGGCUCCUAAACGGACCUUUAGCAUGUUCCCAGUCAGAAAAGAGAGCACCCAGGAGUCGUCCAAACCACUCAGGCGCCGUGCACAGACUGAUGACAGCAUUCGCAACGAGUUAAUACGUCAGCAACUGGCUGAAGACAGGAGAAAGAAACUUCAAGCAGCGUUAGGCAAGCCGAAGAGAGAUAUUCAAGCGCAGAGUCCUGUAUUUGACAAUUAUGGUGAUUCUAGUGGGUUAGAUGACUUUCUGGCAAAGUACUGUAUCAUAAGUGAAGGACAAGCUAAUUACUAUCGUCGCAUUUUCAAGAGUUUUGAUGAGGACAAGGAUGGGGUUUUGUUUCCUGAAGAUCUUCUAGAAGCCCUGGAAAGCGUCAAUUCAAACUUGCUCUCCGACUCUCAUAUAACUUACAUCUACCGAGUUCUAGAACUGUGUGAUUGCAGCUUGGACUCCGGAGUAGAUUUCAAGUUAUUUUCUGUGAUUGCUGCAUUUUCUCAGCGUGUCGCAGUUCUAGACGAAUUUGCAAAAAUCCUUAUCUCGAAGCUGGAUUUCAGAGAGUUGGAUUACAAAUUGCAACGAGCAAAGGUAGGGCAACAUAUGUAUAUUGCAAGAUUACUGGAAACCAGCGCAAAUUUUGCUUAGACAGUGUUUUGUUAAUGGAUGCUGUAAAACCCAAACCAAAGCUAUCUGAGGCUUGAGACUAACGAUACCAACGCGAAUAGGGUAACGAACCACUAGGAACUUUAAACAAAGGCGCAGUAACAGGUGCCGUUACGAGAAAAGUGACAUGUGCUGAAUCAUGAUUGGACGAAAGGACACAUUCUACCUUGUGAUUGGCCAGAGCUGUAUGUACGCUUCUCUUGUGAUGCCAAAUUAUAGCCACCAUAGCUAGUUUGAAAUUCGAAAGCUAGCGUUUCGAUCGAUCCUUAAGCCCCGUCCACACUGCACCGGGUAAAUCUGAAAACGCAGCUUCAUUUAUACGGUUAGGCCAGCCGUCCACAAUAACCUGUCAUGAAAACGGAGCUUUCUCGAAAACGCCCUUCUUCAAACCGGGGGAAUUUGAAAACGCCGGUUU